UUUAUAUGUUUACAGAAUGACAAUACGGUUAUGAUUAGCUACCCAGAUGGCAAAGAAACAUUCAUUUUAUAUCUAUGGCAAUAAAAGAUUCUAGUAAGCAGAUAAGACCACAGAUCACAGCUCUUCAAAUGUCAGAGAAGGAGGAACGGAAGGUUGAUAUGGACGUCGUUGUCGUGAAAGUUUUGUCGCUCGUGAUAGUUACAAGUGUAACGGUUCUUGUUGGCAUGUUACCAUGUCGACUAGUGAGACACUUUGGUAAGACAAUGUUCCGAGCGAAGAACCUUUUUGACAACAUGGUUUCUGGUGCUAAAUGCUUUUCUGGAGGAGUGUUUCUUGGAACUUGUUUUCUUCAUCUAAUACCGGAAACGCGAAAAAAGGUCGACACUGUGUUAGAUCAGUUAGGGUCAAGGUCACAAUAUCCCGUCGCUGAGUUGUUAACUAUGGCAGGAUUUUUUGCGGUUGUGUUUUGUGAACAUGUUAUACGAUAUUUGUAUUAUAAGUUACAAGAGGAUACGUGCUUUCCUUCAUUUGACCAAGACAGCUACAGUCUCGAUCAGGAUUAUAUACCAACAACCGAGGACCCAGAAUACAAUGGUUGCGAAUUACUUGAAUGUAAAAGUUUACGUUCGUCCAUUUCACAGCAAAGUCAAAGUGAAGGAAACAUUCCAACUGAUGCUCAGACAAAUACACUUGAGGAACACCUAAAUCAUAUUAAUCCAAAUAAUCCAAACAAUAUCAUAAUGAACCAUACAAAUACAAACGCUCGACGUGAUAGUAGAUUUGAUAUGGAAAUAGAACCUGCACCACUUCAAGACUUAGAAGUAAAAACAGUGGUGACUGAAAUAAGUAAAGGCGAGGAAGGAAGAGGGCAAGUCCGCUCGGUGCUCUUAUUAACUGCACUUUCAUUCCACGGAGUAUUUGAAGGAAUGGCGCUUGGUUUACAGGCACAAGAAAGUGAUGUAUGGGUUAUGUGUGUUGCCAUUGGUAUUCAUCGGGGAAUUCUUUCAUUUGGUCUUAGUUUACAGUAUGCCAGGAAUUUUGACAAACCAUCGACUAUUGUAUUUACAAUUAGCGCCUUCUCAAUCAUAUGCGCCGUCGGGGUGAUAAUUGGAAUAGCUAUAUCAACUGGCGCGCAAUUAUACACAGACGUUGACGUGCCAAAUGCCAUAUUACAAAGCCUUGCUACCGGAACUAUUUUUUAUAUAAUUUUUCUCAAUAUUUUGUAUAAAGAAUUAGAUGGAAACAAGGACGUGAAGAAAGUUUCGUGCACUUUUGUAGGUUUUUCAUUCAUGGCAGUGGUUCUUGCUAUUGCAAAGCAGUAAGUUUUGCUCAGUGUCCAAAGUGACUUAAAACUACAUUUUGCCUUCCCUUGAACAACGUUUGUGUAUUAUUUCCAAAAGUGCUAUGUUGAAUUAUGUUUUGCUUUUAAAAAUGAUUUUUGUACAAUGUCUGUGUUGCUUACUAUUGUAAAAUAUGAGAAAAAGUAUGCAAAUAUUAAAAAGUAUAAAACUAUUGUUUUUAUAAAUAUUAUAGUCAGUCUAUCGUACAAACGCACUCCGUAUAAAGUAUUAAAGUCAAGCGAGCUAUUUUGUUGGCAAAUGUCGACCUUUUAAUCACUGCAUUUUUAUACAUUUAUUUCUAGUUGGAGUAUUAAUUUAAGUUAGGAAAUCAGAUCUCUGUCUAGCUAUAGGCAAUUACAAGUGAAUU